AUGUCGCCAAGCUCACCAAUGCUGCGGCGGCGAAAGCGCGCGUUCGCGUCACGUGAUGGUUCUCCGGAGCUCUCUGCCCAUUUACGCGACGACUUUCUCGCGCGUCGUGGCCGAGCCCUCCAUCCUCCCAACCACGCCUCCGACGUCGACGGACAUCCCUCCCCCCUCUCGCCUCAACCCAUCGUCGGCGAGCGCGCUCAUCCACUGACGAUGGCCGAGAUCAAGAUCGACGGCAAGCUCUUCCAGGAACGCAUCGCCCACUUCGUGUCCGCCUGGAAGAAUGACCUGCGCGGCAAGGAUGGCCUCUUCGGCGGCGCCGGCUCCAUCGUCAUCAUGAUGGGCAAGGUCGAGGAGAUUCCCGAGUUCCACAAGAACAACGCGAUUCACUUUUGGCUGCUCGGAUACGAGUUCCCGACGACGCUCAUGCUCCUCACCGUCGACACCCUCUACAUCCUGACGACGCAGAAAAAGGCGAAGCAUCUCGACCAGCUCAAGGGCGGUCGCUUCCCCAUCGAGGUCCUCGUCCGAGGCAAGGAUGCCGCCGAGAACGAGGAGCUCUUCGUCGGCAUCGCCGACAAGAUCAAGGCCGCCGGCGACAAGGUCGGCACCAUCGCCCGUGACACCUCCAAGGGCCCCUUUGUCGACGAGUGGAAGCGCGUCUUUGCCGACCGGUGCAAGGACGUCUCCGAGGUCGACGUCUCCACGGCCCUCUCGACCCACGCCUUCGCCGUCAAGGACGAGAGCGAGCUGCGCGCCAUGCGUGCCGCCUCCAAGGCCUGCGUCGCCCUCAUGACGCCCUACUUCCUCGACGAGAUGAGCAGCAUCCUCGACGCCGAGAAAAAGGUCACCCACUCGGCCCUCGCCGAGCGCGUCGACAAGAAGCUCGACGACGACAAGUUCUGGCGGACCGUCGAGCUGCCCGGCAAGGCCAAGCUUCCCUCCGACCUGGACCCGGCCCAGCUCGAUUGGAUCCUCGGCCCGUCCAUCCAGAGCGGCGGCAAGUACGAUCUCCGCUUCGCCGUCGAGCCCAACGACGACAACCUGCACGCCGGCAUCAUCAUCGCCGCCCUCGGCCUGCGCUACAAGUCCUACUGCUCCACCAUCGCCCGCACCUACCUCGUCGACCCCAACAAGUCGCAGGAGAGCAACUACAAGCUGCUCUACAUGAUCCACAGCACCAUCCUCAAGGAGAUCCGCGACGGCAUGGCCGCCAAGGACGUCUACGCCAAGGCCGUGACCAUCAUCAGGAGCCGCAAGCCCGAGAUGGAGAAGCACUUUCUCAAGAACGUCGGCUGGGGCGUCGGCCUCGAGAACCGGGACCCGACCCUCGUCCUCAACGCCAAGAACGCGCGCACGCUCAAGGACGGCAUGACGCUCAUCAUCCACACGGGCUUCCAAGCCAUCGACAACCCGCAACCGCAGGACAAGAGCAGCAAGCAGUACUCGCUCGUCCUCACCGACACCGUGCGCGUCACCACGGCCGAGCCCGUCGUCUUCACCGCCGAGGCCCCCACCAGCGCCGACGCCAACUCCUUCUUCUUCAAGGACGACGAAGAGGCCGAGCCGGCGCCGAGGAAGGAGAGGAAGGACUCGCGCGUGGGCGCCGUCGCGACCAAGAACAUCACCAACACGAGGCUCCGGUCCGAGCGCAUCACCCAAGUCGUCGACGACUCGGACCAGAAGCGACGCGAGCAUCAGAAGGAGCUGGCCACGAAGAAGCAAAAGGAGGGCCUCGCCCGCUUCUCCGUCUCCACCACUGGCAAGAACGGCGCCGAGGUCAAAAAGUUCAAGCGCUUCGAAUCCUACAAGCGCGACGAUCAGUUCCCCCCGAAGAUCAAGAACCUUGAGAUCGUCGUCGACGCCAAGAACAGCACCGUCGUCCUCCCCAUCCUCGGCCGGCCAGUGCCCUUCCACAUCAACACCAUCAAGAACGCGAGCAAGAGCGACGAGGGCGACUUCGCCUUUCUGCGCAUCAACUUCCUCUCCCCAGGCCAGGGCGUCGGCAGGAAGGACGACCACCAGCCCUUCGAGGACGUCUCCGCCCACUUCGUUCGGAGCCUGACCUUCCGGUCGGCCAACGGUGACCGGUACAACGAGAUCGCCACCCAGAUCGCCAACAUCAAGCGCGACGCGAACAAGAAGGAGCAGGAGAAGAAGGACAUGGAGGACGUUGUGGAGCAGGACAAGCUGAUGGAGAUUCGAAAUCGAAGGCCCGCCGUUCUCGACAACGUCUUCAUCCGACCGGCCAUGGAGGGCAAGCGCGUUCCCGGCAAGGUCGAGAUCCACCAGAACGGUAUUCGCUAUCAGUCGCCGCUGAACGCGCAGCAUCGCGUCGACGUGCUCUUCUCCAACGUCAAGCACCUUUUCUUCCAACCCUGCCAGCACGAGCUCAUCGUCAUCAUCCACAUCCACCUCAAGGACCCCAUCAUGGUGGGCAACAAGAAGAAGACCAAGGACGUGCAGUUCUACCGCGAGGCGACGGACAUUCAGUUCGACGAGACGGGGAACCGCAAGCGGAAAUAUCGGUACGGCGACGAGGACGAGUUCGAGGCCGAGCAGGAGGAGCGCCGACGCCGGACCGAGCUGGACCGCCUCUUCCAGGGCUUCUCCCAGAAGAUUGCCGAGGCGGGCCGCAACGAAGGCAUCGAGGUCGACAUGCCGAUCCGAGAUCUGGGCUUCUUUGGAGUGCCCUUCCGCAGCAACGUCUUCGUUCAGCCGACGACCGACUGCCUCAUCCAGGUCGUCGAGCCUCCCUUCAUGGUCGUCACCAUCGAGGACAUCGAGGUGGCCCACCUCGAGCGCGUGCAGUUUGGCCUGAAGAAUUUCGACAUGGUCUUCAUCUUCAAGGACUUUACCCGAGCGCCGUACCACGUCAACACCAUACCGGUCGAGUACCUCGACCAGGUUAAGGACUUCCUCGACUCGUCCGACAUCGCCUUCACCGAAGGCCCCCUCAACCUCAACUGGCCCACCAUCAUGAAGACGGUGACGUCGGACACGCACCAGUUCUUCGUCGACGGCGGCUGGUCGUUCCUGCAGGCCGACUCGGACGACGAAGGCGGCUCGGAGGAGUCGGAGCAGGAGUCGGCAUUUGAGAUUGAUGACGAGGAGCUCGACGAGGCCAGCGAGUCGAGCGAGGAAGGCUCCGACUUUGGAAGCAACGCGAGCGACGACGACGACGACGACGCCGAGCUCGACAGCGACGAGGAAGGCGAGGACUGGGACGAGUUGGAAAAGAAGGCCAAGAAGCGAGAUCGCGAGAGCGCCUUGGAAGACGAAGACCGGGGCGGCAAGAAGAAGCGCCGACACUGA